AUGAACAUUUACUGGGUGAAAAGUGAUGAGAAGCGCCGCAUACACCACGAGCGGAGCAACAACACGAAACUACCGCAAGCGCCUUCCUCUACAGUCUAGUCUAGAAAAUAGCCGCAACAUAAUUUUUAUUUUGAAUGGACGAACGAAAACAACUUUCCACAUAUCGGAAUUUGCAGAAUAUUGCUAAAUACUAAGGUGACAACAUGGCUAACCAGGUGUCAGAGUUCCCCACUGAGCRGACGUUCCAGUACCAGCAUAGCCUGCCUCCUCUCCCUGUACCGUCUCUAGAGGGGAGCCUUGCCAACUACCUGGAUGCAGUGCGGCCGUUUGCUACAGAGGAGGAGUACCAGGUGACUGCAGCCAUAGUGAAGAGGUUUGGAGAGGGCAUCGGCAAMGACCUGCACCAAAAACUACUGCAGAGAGCCAGGACACGCAGGAACUGGUUGGAGGAGUGGUGGUUGGAUGCAGCCUAUCUGGAAAUGCGUUACCCCUCCCAGUUGAAUGUGAACUUCGGAGGGCCUGCACCCUACCUAGAGCACUGCUGGCCCCCUACAGAGGGAGUACAGCUACAGAGGACCAGCAUUAGCAUGUGGCACACUCUACAGUACUGGGACCUGCUUCGCACGGAGAGGCUGGACCCUCAUAAGCUGGUAAUGUGGUGUUGGAUAUGGACCAGUUCAGAAUGCU